ACAUGUACCUUACCCCACCACAUGGUUGGUGCUGGAACCUAGCGGCAAGGGAAGUUUGCCUCACCAGACUUGGUCAAGUUUUGAAAUCCGAUAGGAGGGAGCAGUAUGGCCAGCCGAUGCGCUAUAAGGCUAAAAAUAACCACCUCCAAUUUAUGCUGUGUGGUUACUGUCUCCAAAAACCAGGCGACCUGAAUGAAACCGCGUCAAUAAGGACACUUCUCUGAGGCUUCUCUGGACCAAUAAGGUGGCAUGGCUGGCCUGUCGUUCUGUGGCAACAAUGUGACCAAGAAUGCCUACAGUGUGGAUACGGGGAUGUUGAACAAUGGCUGCUUCGUGGACGCCCUCAACCUGGUCCCUCACGUCUUCCUGCUCUUCAUCACCUUCCCUAUCCUCUUCAUUGGCUGGGGCAGUCAGAGCUCUAAGGUUCAGAUCCACCAUAACACCUGGCUCCACUUCCCUCCCCCUAGGCUGGGGCAGUCAGAGCUCUAAGGUUCAGAUCCACCAUAACACCUGGCUCCACUUCCCUCCCCCUAGGCUGGGGCAGUCAGAGCUCUAAGGUUCAGAUCCACCAUAACACCUGGCUCCACUUCCCUCCCCCUAGGCUGGGGCAGUCAGAGCUCUAAGGUUCAGAUCCACCAUAACACCUGGCUCCACUUCCCUCCCCCUAGGCUGGGGCAGUCAGAGCUCUAAGGUUCAGAUCCACCAUAACACCUGGCUCCACUUCCCUCCCCCUAGGCUGGGGCAGUCAGAGCUCUAAGGUUCAGAUCCACCAUAACACCUGGCUCCACUUCCCUCCCCCUAGGCUGGGGCAGUCAGAGCUCUAAGGUUCAGAUCCACCAUAACACCUGGCUCCACUUCCCUCCCCCUAGGCUGGGGCAGUCAGAGCUCUAAGGUUCAGAUCCACCAUAACACCUGGCUCCACUUCCC